AAUUGCAGCUCUAUUCGUUCUCGUAAACUGGACAAAACAUGUCUGCAAUGUUCUGUUUAAGCCAAAAGUAUUGGCCUGUUUUUGGCCUGCUUCUAUUGGUAUUGGGUAGUUCCAUUGACGUCACGGAGGCCAAGCGGAUACAUCAUAAAUUUGCAGCAUUUGGCAAUCGCAUUGUUGGCGGCCAGGAGGCGGAGGAGGGCGUGGCACCAUAUCAGGUAUCGAUACAAACUCUGUGGAGAACACAUAUCUGUGGUGGAGUCAUCCUCAAUUCUCGCUGGAUACUCACAGCUGGACAUUGUGCGAAUGGUUUUGGAGUCCAAGAUCUGCAGAUUAUUGUGGGCACCAAUGAGAGACUCAAACCUGGUCAAAUACUCUAUCCGGAUGAGGCUAUAGUUCAUUCAAUGUACGACAUACCAGCCGAAUAUGCAAAUGACAUUGGUUUAUUCCAUCUUAAUGAUUCAAUUGUGUUCAAUGAACGCACUCAAGCUGUUCAACUGAGCACAGUGCAUCCGCCAGUCGGUGCGACUGUCAUCUUGACCGGUUGGGGUGCUCGUGGACUUAACUGGCCUCCAGAGGAGCGGUUGCAAACGAUCAACUUGACCGUCAUCGAUCAUGGGGAUUGCAAGAGAGCUUGGGAUGACAACGAUGGCGUCGACAUUGGACACUUCUGCACCUUCACCCGGGCAGGGGAAGGUGCCUGCAAUGGCGACUCCGGAGGUCCCCUUAUGUGGGAGAAUAAGUUGGUGGGUCUGGUCAACUGGGGUGCACCCUGCGCUCUGGGCAAACCCGAUAUGCAGGCCAAUACCAUUUACUACCUGGACUGGAUACGUCGCAAUAUUGCAGAGUGCAAACAUCGUGUAAAUUGAUUUCUCAACCCGACAAAGUUUACAGUUUAUUACAAGCCAAUGAAAUGUCAAAUUUUUAAUUUAGAAUUUUCUGGUAAUAAAAUUAUAAAAAAUUUAA